AUGCAGGUUAUCGGGCAGUUCAACAAGGGCUUUAUACUUGCUCUUUUGAACAAACAUAUCUUCAUCAUUGAUCAGCAUGCAACAGAUGAAAGAGCCAAUUAUGAAGAUCAACUGGACAAGUCUCCUUUCAUGACGCAAGACAUGGUUCAUCCAAAACCGUUGUAUCUGACUACAAUACAAGAGGGUGCUAUAAUUGAGAACAUGUCCGAGUUUGAGAAAAGGGGCUUCAAGUUCUCUGUCGAUCAAUCCAAGCGUGCUGGCAUGAGAAUUAUGUUGAAGUCUACUGCUAUUUGUAAGGGCCACGGUAUAGAUGAAUACUUGACAAUAGAGGAUCUCGAAGAAUUGAUAGAUGUAGCUGUGAUUGCUCCCAAUCAACUCAAGUCUUACACAUUGAAGAAAAUCAAAAGCGUCGCUGCAACACGUGCUUGUAGGAAGUCAAUAAUGAUUGGUGAUAAGUUGAAUUGGGCGCAGAUGGAUAAUAUCGUCUCAAAGAUGGCAACGUUAGAAAACCCUUGGAUUUGCGCGCAUAAUCGGCCAACUAUAAGACAUCUUAUGGAUACUGAUUGGAUGUCCGACUAA